AUGUCUCUUCCUAAGCAAUCUGAGCCCAUCAGGUCCAAAGCAUCAAUUGCCGAGGUUCUCAAUACUCCUGCACAACCAGCAGCUGCACUAUUGAACACGCUACGAAGUACCUCACCCUUAGUGAAUCAGCCUGCGACAGCCACGACCACACCUGCUCCUGCGUCGACUCCAGUAAAUACACCAACGAGUCCAGCACCGCAGACAAUCGCAUCAGCCACAGGUGUUCCCGUUCAGCUACCAGCAACAACAGCUCCCCCUACUACACCAGUGCAAGCCGAUUCUAGCAACCAAGCUGCACCGCCAGCUUCUUCAUCUCCGAGGAUAGUCACACCAGUCGAUUCAGUCCCCAUCGUCCCUGCUCGGCCAAACUUCGCACAGCGACCUUCCUGGAUUGGUCCACCUCGGCCAGAUCGACCAGUGACUCCAGGGAUUGUAGACAUGAAGCAGCCUGUGAUUGUCGAAUAUACCUCAAAGGGACUACAACCCCCGGUAUACGUUUGCACAAGCUUAAGUGACCCGCAGUGGAGUGCAGUCGAGAUGGACAGUGAAGGGAAAGACGACGGCGAGUACAGAUUCUAUAAGGCCUUCCAGGCAGAAGAGGGUGAAUACCAAUACAAAUUCAGGCUUGGACCUGGUGAUUGGUGGGCCUGUGACGAGAGCAAGCCUUUGGUAGAUGAUGGGCAGGGCAAUAAGAACAAUCAGGUGACCGUGAAGCCCGCGCAAGUCGCACCACCGGAGCGGACAGACGUACAGCAACGAAACAAGCAGCAGGAUGCAUCAGUACCGCAGACGACACAACCAUCCGCAGCGCUACCUGCAAACCUCUCAAAGCCCUUGGAAGCUGUCCAAGCUGCUCUUCAGCCUGUAGUGGAAGCCGUGAAGCAGCAAGAUGCGCCGGUGGCAGGGCAGCUGGCCUCAUUGAACCCAGCCGUCAGCAUGCAGCCACAAUCGAAUCCAACACCCGCACCAGAAGCAGCACCACUUUUGCCUCAUGAGAAAGUCUCACCUGCCGUACAACCAGUGCAGCGCCCAACUUCCGUCCAAAUGCCUGCACUUGACACGGUGGAACCUCCAUUCUCUACACCAACGGUCGAGACACCAGCUGCCGCCCCCUUAAUGAAGCAUGAGUCCUUCGCCGCGGAGAAGUCCGCUGCAGAUAAUGGCGAUGUGCCACCACAAUGGGAGGCACAUGAUACUGACGAAAGGCCUGCUGAGGAGAUCGCUGACGAGGAUGAUGAUGCUAACGAUCAUGAUGAUAACGAUCAUGAUGACGAUGAGCCUGACGAACAUGCCAGCCCUCUUCUCCGCCACGAGUCUCUUAGUCCGGAUCCCCAACAGCAUGCACCACUGAUGCGACACGAGAGUGCCAGUAUCGGUGAGCAUUAUGAUGAUGGAGACGUGUUCUUGGCCAGAAAAGCGAGCUCUACGUCCAGUGCCGAGGACUCGAUCGCACCAGAGGCAGAUCCCAAUGAUCCGACGCUCGAGAAGUUCCCUACCGGCAAGAACGCUAUCCUGGACCACAUCCGCUGUGUCUCCACUGGCAAGCAUGCGGACGAGACGCUCGACAGUGCACAUCAUGGCCCCGCUGCCGUCGAUGGAUUCGGCUCGCCGCUUAGUUCCUUGGCCAGCGUGCAAGAAGAUGAAGAAGAAGAGUCGAGCCAACCGAAGAUCAACUUGACUAAGCAUAAAGAGCGGCAUGCUGGCCCUAUCACACCUCCUCUGACUCCGCAGGAGCUCGACACCAUCGUCCAACGUGCAGAAGAUAAAGAAAGGGCUGAAGAGGUCGAGGAGCUAAUGGCUGAGCGUAUCAUUGAGCGCCAAAAGGAAGCCUCAAUGAAGGAGAGGACGGAAGAGGCAAUCGCAGAGACCGUGCAGGAUCGAGGGCUGUUGGGCACGUUCAUGAAACGUAUGGCUGCAAGUCCUUUCAUCAUUCUUGCUGCCGCCGGUAUCGUUCUUGCUCUUGCAGCCAGCUACUGGAAAUUGUGGUAUGCUUCUGAGGCACAAUAA